AUGGUGUUUUUUGGCUACAUGCUAGCUAGUGUAAUGUUUGGCAUUCUAGCAGAUAGAUUUGGUCGUUGUAAGGUUUUAUUCAUCUCCUUUGCAUGGGGAGCCUAUUUCUCUUUGCUGACAUCAUUUUCUCCUUCAUACAUCUGGUUUGUCUUUCUCCGGACCCUUGUAGGAUGUGGCGUGUCAGGUCAUUCACAAGGGCUUAUAAUAAAAACAGAAUUUUUGCCCACAAAAUAUCGUGGCUAUAUUUUACCAUUAUCACAGGUAUUUUGGUUGGCAGGCUCCUUAUUAAUCAUUGGAUUGGCAUCAGUUGUUAAUCCAACUCUUGGGUGGCAAUGGCUGAUACGAAUUGCUUCUAUUCCAGGCAUCGUUCUUCUGCUAGCAUUUAAGUUUAUCCCUGAGUCUGCUCGAUAUAAUGUAUCUUGUGGAAAUGAUAAAGCAGCCCUUGCUACACUCGAGUGGAUUGCUAAAAUGAACCGUUCUGUUAUGCCUGAAGGAAAGUUGGUAGAAACUGUUGAAGAAAAACGGGGUAGAUUCAAAGACCUACUUGAUCCCAAAUACUUGCGGACGACUUUGCAGAUAUGGAUUAUAUGGCUUGGAAUUUCUUUUGCUUAUUAUGGUGUCAUCCUGGCCAGUGCAGAAUUACUGGAGAAGGAUCUGGUUUGUGCAAUGGGAGGAGGACUGGAGGAAAAGGCUGAGCUGGGCCAUUCUGAGGAGUUUCAGAGCCCUUGUCUCUGCUAUACGUUUGCGCCAUCUGAUUACCAGAUCAUGUUCAUCAGCACAGUAGGAGAAAUUGCAUUAAAUCCCUUAAAUAUUCUUGGCAUCAAUUUCCUGGGAAGACGACUGAGCUUGACAAUAACAAUGGGAUGCACUGCUGUUUUCUUUCUUCUGCUCAAUAUAUGCACCUCAGUUUCUGGACUUAUUGGUUUCCUCUUUAUGCUGCGUGCUUUUGUAGCUGCAAAUUUCAAUACUAUCUACAUUUACACAGCAGAGGUUUAUCCUACCCCCAUGAGAGCUUUGGGAUUAGGGACCAGUGGCUCCCUGUGUCGUAUAGGUGCUAUGGUGGCACCUUUUAUAGCACAAGUACUUAUGAAUGCUUCUUUCUUGGGGGCACUGUGCCUUUUUGCCUUGGUUUGCAUUGUGUGUGCCAUCUCUGCUUUCACUCUACCCAUAGAGACCAAAGGGAGAUCACUUCAGGUGGGUAUUUAA